AUGUCCAGCCCAACGUUGUAUACAGCUCACGAUGGCUUUCCUGCUUAUGUCUCCGCAAGUCGUCUUCGUGCAUUCACCCAUCCCGACUUCCCGCGGCAUCUAUUCGGCAGCAGUUCGAACGACAGCGACGGCAACCACCUUCUCGACGUCCCUGUCGGGGAUGGCGAGGUGGGGCACUGGGCAAAAGUCCUGCAGGAGGUGGCACCCCCGUCAUCCACGAUAUCCUUUCCCGCAGAGCUGGACCCCCAGCGCGGGACGGAGGGCGAUCACGCGGCGGCUUGCUCGACCUUCCAAACCGCCCUGGGGGUUUUCGGGCUUCCCUCCGAGGACGCACGACGUGGGGCGAUUCACAAACUCGCGCCUUUUCCCGCGUUUAGACCGCAGGCCGUCGCGUCGCUCGCGAUGACGGCCGUUCUUAAAAUUCGACGGCAGUGGUUGCCCUACCGUCAGCAAUUUCCCGUCUAUCAACAAUGCAUGCAGCUCUUGGAUGCCGUCUUAGCCCAUGACGUGGUGGUGGUGGUGGGGGGUCCCGGCAGCGGGCGGACCCUGCAGCUGCCGAUGAUUCUUUCCGAAAAGGAGGUUUUUAAGCGUCGUCGGGUGGUGGUGGUGAGCGCGAACGCGAUGGGGGCCCGGCUCACCGUCGCGCGACUUCGCGAGGAGCGGGGAGAGGCGGGGGAUACCCGGACGGUGGCGUCCGUCCUUCCUGGGCACCCCCCCGAGGCGACGGAGGGCACGCUUCUUCUGGUCACCACCGCCGAUGUGCUUUUACGCCAACUUCUUUGCGAUCCGACUUUGAUGGACGUCGCCGUGGUUGUUUUCGACGAUAUGCACCUUCGUACGGAGGCCACGGAGCUGUGUUGUGCGUUGCUGCGCGAACGCGCCUCGCAGCUCGCCAUCGCGGAAGGGAACGCUGCCGGAGGUGGGAGGGGGUUGAGGAGGCUGCACGUCGUGCUGAACUGCCCCGAUGAGGCCUGCUCGACCGCUCUUGUCCCGUUUUUCACCUCAUCGCCGACGUGCCGCGUAACGACGUUUCUUCUUGCGUCGUCGUCCGCUUCUCCUUCGAAUUCCGCCCCGCCAGUUUUUUACCUGGAGGAAACGAUUCAAUGGCUGCACAAGUGCCGUACCGAGGGCAGUCUUCUCUGCCGAAACCCGGAGUUAGAGUUGGCCCCUUAUGUCGAAAAAGUAGACGUGGUUACGGAAGUCAUGGCCGCCACGGAUUCAGAUUUUGUAAAUGAAACGAAGUGUCGUAGCUACUGGUGCCAUAUCAUCACGCAGGCCAUUUGGCAUUACAAUCUCGCGGAAACCCAACUACAGGCAGGUGAUCGGAGGGGCCUCUUGGCGGAGACUGCCCCUCAGGCCCACGAUUUGAGUCUUAUUGUGGUUUUAACUCCUAGCUUACACUGGGCACGAAUAAUUUUAGAGGAGGUUCGUUACCAGCUUCACCAUUUGUGUACGGCGGAAUCCCCCGAAAGGACGUCGAGGCCGUCGGUCGAUCGGUUCGAGUUCCACAUCUUGACGGAGUUCGUGACGCCAUUUGAGGACUUUCUGAGCGUCGCGCGAGGGCAGCGCCCUGCUUCAAGUAGGCCAUCAAACGGGGAUUCAUUACCGACGCGAGCCGUGCUCUUCAUGACGCCAGAGCUCGCGCAAACGACGCUGCCACCGGUGUUGAAUAUUGGCCUUUUGGUAGAUUGCGCGCGGGUCAGCACCCAAUCUUUUGACAUCGCUCUGAUGUGCGACUGUUGGAGCACGGAGUACGCGAACUCGUCAAACCUGCGUUAUCGCCGAGGUGUGGUCAAGAAAAAACUGGCCUCUGACAGCGCCGAUGAAGUGGCUCCGAACUGUAUGAUUAUUCAACUGAUUCCAAAGAUGGUUUUGCAUAGCGCACAGCAUCGCCGACAGAGCGCGGAUCCAGGCCAGCAUGCCGUCUUUCAUCUAUCCUUCCAAAAGUAUCUCAGUCUCUAUCAGGUAUUGCAGGCUCGAGAAGAGGCAAUAUCCUACAGUAAGACCUUUUCUGGUCAACAGGCUACGCCGUUAUCCUCGAACCGAGGUGUUUCUCAGCAAGCCACGAUAACCGCUAAGGUCGUUCCACUCAUAUCCACGCACUUUAUUGGGGUUCCCGCGGCCUUGGCAAAUCGCUACGAACAACUACGUCGCGUUUUUUCAGUUGUUGAGAGCUAUUUAGUCGCGGCUGGGCAUCUCCAACUGUCAGGGGGAUCCGGUUUGGAGGCCAAGCAUGACAAUGAAGAGCCUGAAACCCGAUCCGACUUGUUGCCGACCGCUAAGCUGAGACCGAUGGGAAUUCUGGACAUAUCUAUGCUUUUACCCACUCCUAUUACACGGCUUUUGGUAUUCGGCUCGAUGUUUGGAUGCUUUGUAGAGGCGACUGCCGCUGCAGCGGUGUGGUUAGUAGGAGACGUGUACCAAGCCGCCGCGGAAAAUCUUAUAUCUACUAUAGAGUGUUUACCCGAGAACAAAGAGCAAAGACUGGAUGAUGAGGCGGAGUGUCGUACACUACUCAGAGAGGCCAGGAGAUUUUUUUCGUGGAACACGUUAAAUGACAUGGUAGGUAAUUUUAACAUCUAUAAGAUGUGGCUAAGUUUACGUUGCGACAAAACCGAUAGCAUCAGUGAAAAGGAGGAAGCCUUUUUGAACGAAUGCAAAGUUCCGAAGUCUUUUCUAUUAAAAAUCCUGAGUAUGCAAGCCAAUCUACAUGAACUGUUUGAUGGUCUUUUCUGGAAGACCAAUAGAGUAUCCCCAGCGGAUAAAGCCGAGCAGAUCGCACUCGUGCUAGCUCAAUUUCCCGAUGAAGUCAUCAUGAGCGGCCAUUUUCAUGUCUGCCUCACUGCCGCCCUUUACCCCAACUGCGCCCGAAUGCGGCGGUACAUCCUUGGUGCCCAAGACGGAUCCCAGGGUCUUUUUGGCGUCUUGCUCGAUUCCCCUCAUCCUCCAUCCCCAUCCGUGGGGGCCUCGGCGAUCCCGUUUCUGCGGCGCCUUGGCAUCUUUGCUGAUUCCAGCCUUCUUUCCACCCAGUGGGCGCAGGAGGCGGAGCAGGAGGCCGCGGCCCCCUCCGACCGCCCCGGCAGCGAAGCCGUCCUCAUUCGGGCGGUGGAUCGGACCUUCCUUUACUUGUCCAAGACCAUCAUCGAGCCCGGCUCGGCCUCCCCGAUGGCGGUGUUAGAGCAGGCCGUGCCGAUGUUGGAGGACGCGGUGGUGCUGGUUGGUGGGGAGACCCAGGAGCGGCCGCAGGCGGCCCCGUCCCGUUGCCGCGGCUGGAGCGUCGCCCUGACAGGGGCCUGGCGGGCCACCAAACGCGCCCGCCCCCUGCCCCCUCCCGCCCAACUUCCCCCGCUUUUCAUUCCUGUUCAGGCCUAUGACCCUUUUUCCGCCCCGACGGUCCUCCUCCGGGCUGAUUCCACGCAUCGCGUGCUCUUGCACACCACCACCGCGCGGUGGCUUCAGGGGCUGCGGGGGCACCUUCAGCAGCACUUGGGGGGGCUGGCGGUCUGGAAGGGCUGGACGGCGGACCGGGCCUCCGCCUCCGCCGCGGCGGUGGCUUCGGCCUGGGGGUGGUGGCAACAACGGCAGAAAAACGGCCCUCAGUGGCUGCACGGCGAACGACAGGCGCGGCGAUCCGCGGCGAAUGGGACCGCCGACCACCCCCUCCGCAACGAGGACGAGGGCCGGGGGCAACUGCCGAGGCUUUUGGGCUUUUACGCCUUCUCUACGCGCCCGGGCGUGCCGGAAACGGUCGUGCCGCCCGCUCUGGCGGCCACCAAACAAAAAAAGUUAGCGACGUCCUUCAAUUCUGCCCCCGAAGAGGCAUCGGUUGCGUCAUACACCGGUAAGUUCCCGAGCCCAGACGUGGAUCAGAUUGUUCGAAUGUGUGUGAAGAGCGUGGCCACCAAACGAACCCGCGAGCACGAGGCGCAGCUCCUUCGUGAUAACCCGGACCUCUUUAUCUUUCUGGACCCGGAGAACGAAUUCCAUGAGUACUAUCUCUACCUUCUUCGACAGGCCGUACCUGACAUGGAGGUCCUUGGCGAUGACUUGGAGGAGCUAGUGGAGUACCUGACGUCCUUGGAGCGCGAGCUUCGGGAGGAACUUGGGCUGCCUCCAGAGAAUCCUUCGAGGGUCUACAACGUGGGGGGAAAUUCAAAAGACAAGGGAGCCAAUGAGGAGAACGGUGAUGCGGCGAAAUAUGUAGCUACCUCGCAUCCACAAGAGCAGGAGGUGCUACUGCAUGAGAUUCCCGGGACGGAGGGCGAGGAGGAGGCCUACGCCAAUGCGUUCACGGGACUGCAGGUUGAGACGGCGGCGGUGAGUCUGCGCAAGCCUGCGGUCCCCACUCUGAGUAGUCGGGUGAAGGCAAGCAGUGGUACCAGUGCGCGGAUCAUCCCCGAUGACCCAACGAUGGCCGACCCUUUGAAUGAAGCAAAGGUCACUCAGGAUGCGAUGCUAACGACGACGACCACCACCACCGCCACUAGCACUACAGCCACCCCAGGGACGCUGCUGGAGAAGCUCAUGGCGAUGAAAACAAGCAGUACUACAAAGGGAGCGGACAGCAAUUUAGCGGUAGCCCCAGGUGAUUUGCUUCGGCCGGGAUCGACUAGUGUUCCCACAAACGCACCGGAGUCCGCCCCCGGUUCCCACAAUGCCGGUGGGGCAGUCGUCGACGCGCCACCCACCACGGCAGAGCUUAUGGAACUCUUGACCGGUGCUGGGAUUGGUGGAGCCGUUCUGGACGACUAUCUCAGUCCAGGCAACGGUAUGAUGCCUUCCUCCGUUAUGGUGAACCCGCUCAAAAAGCCGCCCCCACCCCUACCGGUGAAGGUGGUGAAUGAACGAAAGCCGAGUGUCUUGGUCUACCCGCUGCCGGACCGCCGCUACGGCAAUGUUCCCCUCAUGCUUGCCAAGGCCCUCGGUGAGACGAUGAACAUCCGCGUGGGGCCCACGACUAUCGUGGGUACCAUCGGGCGGAUUAAUGUCCCUAACAAAAAGGUUGAGACACGCGCCAUAUCGCUUAGGAAAUUCAUGUGCGUUGGAAAAAAGGUAUAUAUCUUUAAGAAUGAUCGCAUUAUCGACAAUUCCGACUCAACUGUUUAUGAACGUCAGCCGACCCGUGGGGGUCGGGGUAGUGGUAAUGGACGAGGUGCCUCUAGAGGUGGUUGGCAAUCCAACAGACAAUUCAACCCCGACGACGGUGAGGAUGUUGAUGAGCUGCAAAUGCAGGGGCAUGAGGAUCAAGGUCAAGAAUACAACUACAACACGAGUGAUUUUGUUGGUGGUACCGAUGCGGAACUCGAUCCGACCAUGGCAGGGGAUGACUAUCUAAGCUUUUUCCAGGAUAUGCCGCAGCGCCAGGAAUUGAAUCAUCCUGCAGAGCCUAGCGAGACUGACGACGCUGAGGCAAGUCCGCGCAUGCCUGCUGUUCGUAUUGGCGUGUUUUCAGAUUCUGAUGAAGAGGAAACGGACGAAAGCGAUACAUCGACUAAUUCUUCUGACAGUGAUAGCGGCACGGAAUAG